GCAAAGAAAGAGAGGGAUAAAGAAAAGGAGAUAGAGAGGGGGGGAAGAACGAGAAAGGGGAAAAGGGUGGGCUUCUCCUGCGUCGUUAAUGGCGGUUAGGGUUUUCCAUUCGUCGCCCUAAACCCGCCCGUUUCUCCAUCUCUUCCCCUGUUCCUCUUCCUCGUCCUCGGAAUCUUGGGUACCUUCCCCCUUGAAUUGUCGCGGGAAGAGCUGCGGUGGCGGCGGGCUGGUGAUGGGCGCCCAGGGCAAGACGUCCAAUUCCUCGAGUUCUUUGCGAGUUAAGGUUUACCGGUUGAACGAUGAAGGUAAUUGGGAUGAUCAGGGCACAGGGCAUGUCAGAAUUGAUUAUUUAGAGGGGACCGAGGAUCUUGGCUUGAUUGUGGUUGACGAAGAAGAGGAUGACUUUUUACUCAAACAUUCGGUCUCCUCAAAUGAUAUCUACACAAGGCAAGAAGAUACCAUAAUCUCAUGGAAAGAUCCAGAAGCAGAAGCGGAAUUGGCACUUAGUUUUCAGGAGGCUCCAGGCUGCUGCUAUAUAUGGGACCAGAUAUGCGAAAUUCAGAGAAACCUCCAUUUUAGUAGUCUUGGUGAUCUUGAGGUUGGCCCUCGUCCAGCGAUGGAAGAUCUUGAAGCUACUAGCUCUUUAUUAUCCAAUGAUGAGUCACUUCGUACUGUUAAUAGUGAACUAAGAGAUCUUCCAUCCAUUUCAUUAUCCAGUCUUCCAUUAAUUUUGAAGACUGUAAUGGAAUGCGGUAUCAUGGAUCAGAUGCGUGUUGGAGAAUUGAUAUUAAAAGAUCAAGAUUUUUUUUCCAAGCUAGUAGAUCUUUUCAGAAUGUGCGAAGACUUGGAAAACAUGGAUGGCCUCUACAUGAUCUUUAAAUUGGUCAAGGGUAUUUUUUUACUAAACAACCCUCAGAUCUUCGAUAGAAUUUUUGUGGAAGAAUACAUUUUGGACAUUAUUGGUUCCCUAGAAUAUGAUCCUGAGGUCCCUCAAGUGCAGCAUCACCGUGCAUUUCUUAAGGAGCAUGUUGUUUUUAAGGAGGCCAUCCCCAUCAAAGACUCUUCUGUACUUUCAAAAAUACAUCAAACUUACAGAAUUGGUUAUCUCAAGGAUGUGAUUCUACCACGGGUUUUAGAUGAUGCUGUAAUGGCAAGUCUCAACACAAUGAUUCAUGCUAAUAAUGGUGUUGUCAUUUCCUUGUUGAAAGAUGAUGCAUCUUUUAUUCAAGAAAUAUUUGCAAGGAUGAGGUCGACCUCCACCUCAGUCGAAUCAAAGAGGGACCUGGUUUUAUUCUUGCAUGAAUUUUGUUCUCUGAGUAAAAGCUUGCAACAGGUUCAGCAAUUGCGGUUAUUUCGGGAUCUUGCUGCUGAAGGCUUAUUUGACAUCAUUACAGAUGUGUUGCAGAGUCAGGACAAAAAGCUUGUUUCUGCUGGGACAGAGAUUCUUAUCCUUUUUCUUAACCAAGAUCCUAACCUUGUUAGAUCCUAUGUCAUCCAACAAGAGGGAAAUUCUCUUCUUGGACUAUUGGUCAAGGGUAUAGUUACUGAUAUUGGGGAGGAUAUGCAUUGUCAGUUCCUUGAAGUUAUUCGAAUAUUGGUUGACUCCUACACUACAUCUGGUUCACAGCGAGACACAAUUGUAGAGAUCUUCUAUGAAACUCAUCUGCCUCAGUUAGUAGAUGUCAUAGCAUCAGCGUGUCCCCCACAGAACACUUCCCGGUCAAUUGCUAAAUCAUCUGCAACCAUUACUUUAACGAAACCAGAAAUUUUAUCAAACAUCUGUGAGCUGCUGUGUUUCUGUGUGAUUCAUCACCCCUAUAGAACAAGGUGUAGUUUUCUUGUGAAUAAUGCCAUAGAGAAGGUCUUGUGUCUAACACGCAGAAGAGAAAAGUUUCUAGUGGUGGCUGCUAUCCGUUUCAUGCGUACUAUUGUCUCCUACAAGGAUGAACAUCUUCUUCGUCACAUUGUUAAAAACAAUCUAUUAAAACCAAUCAUCGAGGCAUUCAUUGAGAAUGGUGAUCGCUACAAUAUGCUGCAUUCAGGAGUUCUUGAACUUUUGGAGUAUAUCCGGAAGGAGAAUGUAAAAGUUCUUGUCUUGUAUGUAGUUGAUUCCUUUUGGGAUCAACUGCUGGAGUUUCAGCACUUGGGGACUGUCCAGGCCCUAAAGGUCAAAUAUGAGCAGCUGCUGGAGAAUCCUGAGAAUAAAAAUGCUACUAUCACUGUAGACCCUCGAAGAAAAACCGAGGACCGUGCUCUUGAAAAGGAGGAAGAAGACUAUUUUAAUGAGGACAGUGAUGAAGAAGACUCCGUUGCUCAUUCAUUGCAUGUUCGAAACCAAAAUGUACGAUCAAAGCUGCCUAAUGGAACCAAGGACCACCCAUCUUCAAGGUCUGGAUCUGUUGGACUUGUUGACUAUGACGAUGAUGACGACGAUGACUAUAAUCCACCAUCUAAAAAAUCUGAAGCUUCUGCAGAGGAUGAGGACGGUGUGGCUUUUUCCAGAAUCAAGCGCAAGUCCACCACUUCGCCUGACUGCAAAGAUGAGAAGCCUGAGCUAGUGAAGAAACCAAAGAUGGAUCUACGUGUAAAUGAUGCUAAGGCUGCCAUCUUUGCUGCAAGUUCAACCUGCAGUGACAGCAAUACAGCUGUAGAUACCAGACAGUCAAGUGGAGAGGAUUGUCCGUCAGCACCUGUCAAUAAUUCUUCAUCAGCGGGUGUUGUGAAUGGCUAACCGUUCAUGGUUUGAAGCCAUGUUGAGUAUGAUGAAGUCAUAGUUUUGGCUUAAUUAUCAAGCAAUGAACUCUCAUUGCACAAGAAGUCAACAAAGGUUGCAGUAGACAUUUUUAAAUCUCGUUUCAAGGAGGAAGAUGGACAAGAAGAAUGGUCGAACCAUGGCUGGAUCUGGAAGGGGUGAAACAAGUCUGUAAACUGUAUAUUUGAAGCAUAGGUCUUCUUUGGAGCAGCAUGAAUUAUUUUCUUGCUGGCGGAGCGAUGGGCCAUUAGCAUCAGCAUGUAUUUAUUCUUGUUCACUUGUAGAACAGUCAGAACUUCAAUACAUCUUGUGAACGAUGAAAGAGACCAUCACUUGUUUAUCAGAAAAAAAAAAGAAAAUUGUGGGUACAACUUAAAAAUAUAACUACUGUAAGGAGACCAGUUCUCUGCACUAGCUUUUUGAACUGGUGUGGAGUGUCUCUCAGUUCAGAGGUAAUAUUCAAUUAUGUACGGGUGACACUAGUUUCUUUCUUUUCCUUGUAUUUAAAGAGUAGAAUAAACCUUACUAAGGCUUCUUUUUCUCCA